AUGACUGAGUACCAACUGACCUACAAAGGCUUCAUCUACGUGAAGCAGGGCAAGGGUGAUGACAGUGGGGCCGUGACGUUGGAUGAGGUCCGCCGCUGUGCGGCCUUGCUUAACAAGCCCAAGAAGGCCCGUGAUAUCCACCCGCUCUUUGCCCGUGGCUUUGCUACCCCUCUCAAACUCAAGCUCAUCCCGGACGGCCUUCGCGUCUACGUUUUCAAUGAGGAAACCAAGCAAGACCUUGUGGUCAUGGACCACCCACUCCAUCGCAUUGUGUUUGUGGUUGCCGAUGACAAGGACGUGUACGUAGUGGCCAAGCACGAGCUUCGGGGCAAGGGAACCAUGUACAAGUGUCAUGGCUUCCGCUGCUCCAGUGACAAGGAGGCAAAGCAAACCUCCAACGCUGUCACGCGUGCUUGCAACGAAUGCUUGGCCAAGCUUCGCGCCACGCGAGAGUUUGUGCGCAAAAACAGCGACAAGGCACUGCCCAUCCGUCGUCGUUCACAUGCCCGUGCCGUGGCCAACCCGGCGGGUGCCAGCAGCUCUGGCAACAUUACUGCGAGUGAAUUCAAGCGCUACCGUCCCACCAAGCGGCGUCAGGACGACUCGGAUGCCGAUCUUCUCAAGCGAUACAUUGCCAUGGCCCGCAAGAGCGUCAUUGUUGAUACUUCUGAAGAAUACGUUGAACUCAAUUCAGAUGAUGAAGCGGCGGUGGAACAAACUUUCCAGCACAGUGACGUCUUGGACGAUGACCAAGUCGUGCAGAUGCGUGAGGAGCUCAAGCUCGCUGUCUCAGCCAUCAGUCCCUUGGACGUCGACGAGGCUUUGUCCGACAGUGCGGCUGGCAAUGGUUCGGCAUCAAGCAAUGGCGAUGAACUUGACUUUGCCAAUUUUGAGUGGGACGGCACUUUUGAUGAUGACUUUGCUCGCAUGACCCUCUUCGUGCACCAUGGCUACUCGGCGGAUGUUCCUCCUGUAGCUGAAAUUACGCUUGACUCUGCUAUUUUUGACUUGUCCAAUAGCACGGCCGUGUAAAGGCCUUUUUUAUCUGUGUGGAAAGCGGCCCUGGGUCGCCUCCCUUGUCUCAAUGUUGCUACUGGCCUCUCACCCCUCUUUUUGACAUUUUCUGUCCAGUUUGUGCUGGCUUCGUUGCUAGCUCACCAUGCAUGCGGUGGGCGAAAAUGCGCUGCGUCAUACUGCCCAGAAACUUUUAAGUGACACACUCGGAAUUACAGAAACUUCCGUGUCAAGGAACGCUGCAUUUGCGGUCUUCUCCAUUCGCCUCGAAAUUGAUUACACUGU